GGCAGGCGUGUGUCCCCACUGCCGUGGAGGGGCUAUGCCCCAACGCCACAUGCUUUCCUACCCAUCCGCUCCCCAGAGUGCUGCCUGCUCUGCACCUGGGUCCUGGAGUCCUUCUCUGCCUGGACAGAGUCCAGCCCCUCUCCCUUGGCCCACCUGUGCCGUGCCCCACCCCACUCUGCCCAGAAGUGCAAGAGCCCAAGCCGCCUCCAUGGCCUCAGGAAGGAUUCAGGGGAGAGGCCCCAUACAGGGAGCCGCUCCAACAAGACAGCCUGGCCAGAAUGGAGCUGACUGAACUGGUCCUCGUGGUCACGCUUCUCCUAACUGCAAGACAAACUCAGUCCAGCCCAGCUCCUCCCGCCUGUGACCCACGACUCCUAAAUAAACUGCUACGUGACUCCCAUGUCCUUCACGGCAGACUGAGUCAGUGCCCAGACAUUAACCCUUUGUCCAUACCUGUGCUGCUGCCUGCUGUGGACUUCAGCUUGGGAGAAUGGAAAACCCAGACGGAACAGACCAAGGCACAGGACGUCCUGGGAGCAACAGCCCUUCUGCUGGAGGGAGUGAUGGCAGCACGGGGACAGCUGGGACCCACUUGCCUCUCAUCCCUACUGGGACAGCUUUCUGGACGGGUCCGCCUCCUCCUUGGGGCCCUGCAGGGCCUCCUAGGAACCCAGCUUCCUCUACAGGGCAGGACUGCAGCUUACAGAGAUCCCAAUGCCAUCUUCCUGAGCUUCCAGCAACUGCUCCGAGGAAAGGUGCGUUUCCUGCUGCAUGCAGUAGGGCCCACCCUUUGUGCCGAGCAGGCCCUGCCCACCACAGCUGCCCCACGCAGUGCCUCUCUAUUGCUCACACUGAACAAGCUUCCAAACAGGACUUCUGGAUUGUCGGAGACAAACUCCAGUGUCUCCGCCAAAACUACUGGCUCUGGUCUUCUGAAGAGGCUGCAAGGAUUCAGAGCCAAGGUUCCUGGUCUGCUGAACCAAACCUCCAGGUCCCUAGACCAAAUCCCAGGACACCUGAACGGGACACAUGGACCUUUGAAUGGAACUCAUGGACUCUUUCCAGAACCCUCGCCCAGGGCCCUGGGAACCCUGAACAUUCCUCCAGGAGCUUCGGACACAAACUCCCUGCCCCCCAGCCCCCAGCCUGGAUAUUCUCCUUCCCUAACCCAUCCUCCCCCUGGACGACAUACACUCUUCUCCCCCUCACCCACUUUGCCCACCCCCAUGGUCAAGCUCCAACUCCCUCCUCCCGGCCCCUCUGCUAUCAUGCUCAACCCGACCAGUCCUCUUCUAACUGCAGCACACCCUCACUCCCAGGAUCUGUCUCAGGAACAGUGAGGUUCUCAGACACUGCCAACAGCAGCACUGUCCCCCCUCCCCUGUGUAGUUCUCUCACCCGGAGGAGAGCCCUGGGAGACAACUGCAGCCCUGCCAGAGUCCCUGCUUUCACCUGAAACACCCAGCCCUGGUAAAAGUGAAUACACAGGACGGGAACUGGGGUCAUUUUUCAGUUUGAAACACCAGAAGCUAUUUUUUUAAGCUAUCAAUAAUAUUCAGCAGAGCAGCUAGUUAUCUUCGGUCUAUUUUCUGCACAAAUGUCCAAAUUACAAAUUCUCCAUGUUUUUUCAUACAAUAAUUCCUCAAAGGCCUGGACCGGCCUGGCCUCUGAACAGAGGUAGAGACUAAUCUUCUGUGAGAAAAACAGAAAAACGAGCUUUGGUUUCUAUUCAAAACUAAAGUUAGUCUCUUUACCCCCUUUUACCAUCAUUCUCAAUAGGACUCUGAUCUCCUUUUCUUAGGAGAUUCUUACUCUUGAGAAAUGAAUGAGAAGUUGUCUCCCAGAAAGACUGUCCCUACAUAAUAGACAAAACUGAGCCUGGAUAAAAUAAAGAAUGAAUGAGAGUACCCAAAAGCUAACUGAAAAGAAAGAGCACAACGUUCGUCUCAGGGAGUAAUAGUUCUGUCGCUCCCUAAAAAAAAAAAAAAAAAAAAAGCUAACAGGAAGUCUAGGAGUGCCUCACACCUCAGGUAAGCCUGUGCAGACAGUUCAGUCAAGAGGAGACCUGCAUGUGACAGCUGAGCAAACAGGGAGAGCUUCAGCAGCUCAGUGGGAAGCUUCGCCAGGCUUGGGUUCCUGCCUCCCUCCUGUGGAGGUCAGGGGGAAGUGCAGGAAGUGCCAUGAGUCGGUCUCCUGGGGCUCACACAGCAGGAGAGACAAGUACAACUCAAGUACAAGUUGAAGGCUCAUUUCCCAGUUCCCAGAAGUGAAUGGUAUCUAAAAAGUGACCUUGUGUGACCGCUGUGAACUCUGGGAGGGGAUCUCUAGAAAAGAAGCCAGGGUUAUGGGGCUUUGCCAAUAAAUGUCAUCUUGGUGCUUAGAAAGUUUCUAUUGCCCCAAACAAAAACUCCACUGCAAAGGUCACCACCACAUCCAGAGGCUCCUGUAGGGAAAACUAAUGGAAGUUUUACCUCUUCCUCCCUACCAAAAGG